UUAAUAAAGUAUACUUUUUACUAACUCUUACACUAUUAUUUACAGGACCGAUCAGCUAUCCACCGUGGGCAUGCAUAACGUGCCCACCAUGAUGUGACAAUUGUAAUUAUAGUAAAAUAAUUUUAAUUAGAAUAAGAUUUAUUAUUUAUCUUUCCUAAUUAAAAUUGUCACAUCAAUGGUGGACACGUUUUGCUUGUCCACGGUGGGUAGGUGAUCGGUUCUGUAUUUAUAUAUACAAAACAUCCAGAUCUUCAUGUAUAAAUAUAAGAUGAAAACUAUACUGAAAUGGAUUAUGAGCAGAGGCGAGGGGUUUUAUGAAUUCCUAUAAAUACCUCCAAAUCGAUCACAUCCUCCAUUUCUCAGCGUCAAAUUGCAGCCGUAGAUUUUGAUCAACGGUAACAUUGGCUCUUCCUUUCCCGUGAAUUCCAAACCCUUCAAUCAUCAGUGAUCACCCGUGAUCUUUCCCUCCCCAUUUUUUCCGGCCGAAACAAUUCACAUUUUCCUCUCAAAAAAUACGUUUCCACAAAAAUAAAAAAUAAAAAUCCAAAAUUCGCGAACCUUCAACCAUCAACUAACGAUAACUGCUGCGCGCAUAAUUAUUAUCAAAACCCUCCUUUCAUUUUGCUUCGAGAACCCCAGUCAAUCCGCAUUCCUCGCACCAAUUUUCCCGCGCAGAUUCUCGAUAAAUCAAUCGGAGCAAAAUGGAGUCGUUCAAGAAGAAAUCAUUCAAGAUCGGGCACAGUGAUAAUGGAGAGGAAGGAAAUUCGAGCCAUGGCAGGGAGGAAUACGUGGUGGAGGAUUUGAGGGAGCGAAUCCAGUCGUCACGCGACAGCCGACUCACUCUGGUCGAGAACGAGUUGGAGAUGGACUUGACUCGGCGGAGGUUCAGCAGGUACAGCGUCAUCAAUGGAUUGAAAGACCUAUCUCAAGGCUUGUUCAUCCACCCCGACAACAGGUGGUACAAGGCAUGGGAGAAAUUUAUACUAAUAUGGGCAAUAUACUCAUCAUUCUUUACUCCAUUGGAGUUCGGGUUCUUCAGGGGACUGCCAGAGAACCUCUUCAUUUUAGACAUUGUUGGCCAGGUGGCAUUUCUUCUCGACAUUAUCUUGCAAUUCUUUGUGGCUUACAGGGAUAGCCAUUCCUACAAAAUGGUUUACAAGCGUAAUCCAAUUGCCCUACGGUAUAUUAAAUCUCAUUUUUUUCCGGACCUUCUAGCUUGCAUGCCUUGGGAUAUUAUCUACAAGGCUUGUGGAAAAAAAGAAGAGGUGAGGUAUCUUCUCUGGAUCAGGUUGAUACGGGUUCGCAGACUUACAGAUUUCUUCCAGAGGAUGGAAAAGGACAUCAGAAUCAAUUAUCUUUUCACAAGGAUAGUGAAACUAAUCGCUGUUGAACUCUACUGCACGCAUACAGCAGCUUGCAUCUUCUACUACCUAGCCACUACGCUCCCUCAAGAGAAGGAAGGUUACACAUGGAUUGGGAGUUUGAAAUUGGGUGACUAUAGUUAUUCACAGUUCAGAGAGAUAGAUAUAUGGACGCGUUACACUACUUCAAUGUAUUUUGCCAUUGUGACCAUGGCAACUGUAGGCUAUGGAGAUAUACACGCAGUCAAUCUGAGAGAAAUGAUAUUCAUUAUGAUCUAUGUUUCCUUUGACAUGAUUCUUGGUGCAUAUUUGAUUGGUAACAUGACAGCACUGAUCGUGAAAGGAUCGAAGACAGUAAGAUAUAGGGACAAAAUGACUGAUCUUACCAAAUAUAUGAACAGAAACAGACUUGGAAAGGAACUACGUAAUCAAAUAAAAGGGCACUUGCGUUUGCAAUAUGAAAGUAGCUACACUGAUGCCGCUGUUCUACAAGAUAUCCCAAUGUCUAUUCGUGCCAAGAUAUCUCAGACUCUGUAUAAGUCAUAUGUGGAAAAUAUUCCCCUUUUCAAAGGUUGCUCCCAAGAAUUCAUCAAUCAAAUCGUAACUCGGGUCCAUGAGGAAUUUUUUCUCCCUGGAGAAGUCAUAAUGGAACAGGGGAAUGUUGUGGAUCAGCUCUAUUUUGUUUGUCAUGGUGUCUUGGAGGAGGUUGGAAUAGGGGCUGAUGGAUUAGAAGAGACUGUGUCUCUUCUAGAGCCUAACAGCUCGUUUGGAGAGAUUUCCAUUCUUUGCAACAUUCCUCAGCCUUAUACUGUGCGCGUAUGUGAACUAUGCAGACUCUUGCGUAUUGAUAAACAAUCUUUCUCCAAUAUUCUCGAGAUAUAUUUCCACGAUGGCCGGAAAGUCUUGACUAACUUGUUGGAGGGAAAAGAAUCUAAUCUACGCCUGAAGCAAUUGGAGUCGGAUAUUACAUUCCAUAUUGGUAAACAAGAGGCUGAUCUUGCUUUGAGAGUGAAUAGUGCAGCAUUUUACGGUGAUCUGUAUCAACUUAAAAGCGUAAUCCGUUCUGGAGCAGAUCCCAACAAGAAAGAUUAUGAUGGAAGGACAGCGCUGCAUCUUGCUGCAUCAAGAGGAUACGAAGAUAUCACUCUGUUCUUGAUACAAGAAAGUGUAGACAUCAACGCUGAAGAUAAUUUUGGUAACACCCCCUUGCUCGAAGCCAUCAAGAACGGGCACGACAAGGUUGCUUCACUUCUUUCUAAAGAAGGGGCCAUACUUAAAAUCGACAAUGUUGGUAGCUACUUGUGCGCAGUGGUUGCAAGAGGCGAUUCAGAUUUCCUGAGAAGGUUGUUAUCCAAUGGCAUCGAUCCCAACUCGAAAGACUAUGAUCAUCGAACCCCCCUUCACGUCGCUGCCUCUCAAGGACUGUAUUUAAUGGGGAAGUUGCUUCUGGAAGCAGGAGCCAGUGUCUUCACAAAAGACAGAUGGGGAAACACUCCAAUUGAUGAAGGGAGAAUUUGCGGAAACAAAAACAUGAUCCGACUUCUGGAAGAGGCGAAGACGGCCCAAUUAUCCGAGUAUCCUGAUAGAGUCAAUGAAGUCACAGCAGAGCUAACACAUGCAAAGAAGAAGUGCACUGUGUUCCCGUUUCAUCCAUGGGAUCCUAAAGAAGGAAGAAGACAUGGAGUUGUGAUGUGGGUUCCUCACGCCAUGGAAGAGCUAAUAGAAGCUGCCUCCCACCAGCUGGGGAUGCUUGAUGCUGAAUGCAUUAUAUUAUCUGAAGACGGAGGCCAAAUUUUGGAUGUCGAUAUGAUUACGGAAGGCCAGAAACUGUAUCUCAUUAAUCAAACAGGUUGAGAAUCUAUGUUGAUGUAAUACAGAGAUCUGGCUUUCCUUAUAUAUAUAUGACCGAUGUAGUUUUUACAAGCUCGGUCUUCCUCAAAAAAUCUACUACUUCCGUCCCACGAAUCUUGAGUCACUUUUCUUUUUCAGCCGUUCCACGAAUCUUAAGUCAUUUUCUUAUAUGACAAAAAAAUUUCUCUUUA